AUGUCGUUCUUACAUUUGAUUUCUGGAGGAGCAGAGUGUAAUCCAGUUAACCCAACGACUGGAUUAGUAAGGCAUUUAACACAUGACCAGUCUCUUCAAAAGGAUAGAUUUCUACAAGAUUCUUCUAGUGAAGGCUCUUCUCGAGGGGUAUUUAGAACUCGCAGAAAAAUACCUUUAGAAGAAAAUCAGAUUCCUGACCAAUUUUUCGAUAACAAAACGCAAAUCGAUGAAGUUUUUCAUUUUGACCAAAUGGGUAAAGAGCUCAAUGCGAUACAGCACGGGGUAACAACGAUAAACACGAGUGAUUGGACAAAUGAAUUUUUAAAGCAAGCAAAUACGAGUCAACCGCCUAAUUCUUAUAGUCAUGAGCAAGAAUAUUUCGAGAAAGUCUAUUCACAGAAUGCUAUUGCCCCUACGCCAGUUAAUUGGGCUCAGGAGUUUUCACAAAUUACUCGUCAAUCACAAUUAAGUAACGAGAAUCAAGAGCUAUUACCUGAAGAAGAAGCAGCUUUUGAAAAAGCAUUCGAUGAAGCGAAGAAGGGGUUGGAUGAACGGUCCGAAUUUAUUAUUGACGAGGGAACAUCUUGGGCGACAGAAUUUGAAAAGGAACAAGAGGCCAACGAUUCUAAAAUUAAAUUAGCUAUAACAGCCGGUAAAUUAGUGGAAACGGUAGAGGGCGAGACCAAUCCAAAAUUUAAGAAUUCUGUAUUCUUAAAUUUUAUGAAAAAGCUCCGUGACCAGGAACUUUCUAUUGAAGGAAAUAAAGUUGUUGAACAAAAAACUGCAGCGACAAUACCAAAAAAUGGAUGGAUAUCUGAAUUUGAGGCACAGCAAAAUCAACAUCAAAAUCUUAGCUGGGCUAACGAGUUUGAGUUUCAAAUGACAAAUAAUAACGCAUUCAAGGAACCUUCAAAAGCAAGCACAGAUCUGGAAGUUAAACUGCGAAAGGAACGGGAAAGAUUUGAUGAGGAAUUUGAGAGAAAAUGGAAUCAGAAUUCCGCUCGACAGCAAGCAUUAAAGACUAAAGGAUUAAUAGACUAUGCACCUGAAUUUCAACAAUCUGAGCAAAAUUCUUCGGAUGAUCUUGAAAUAAAUAACUACAAUGAAGAACUUGAACGUCAAUGGAAUGAAUAUGCUAUAAGAGAAAACUUUCUUCCAAUAUCAAAAUUAAUAAAGUUUCGAGCUGAGGCUGAAAAAUUGGAAGCUGAAGAGAGAAAAAGUGAUGCCACGAAAAAUAUGAUAGAUUCAAGUAAUUUGGCCGAAGAUUCUUAUGAAUAUGAUAAUAAUGCCACUGAAAUUACACAAGAAUCGGGUGAUAUAAAUUGGGAUGAAUUACAAAGCGACUGGGAUCGAUAUAUACCACAUCAUGCAGGCUAUCAGGAUUCAGACGAAAAUAAGAAUUACAAAUUUCAACCGAACAAUCCUUAUCUUUCAACUCCCGAUCAUAUUCUAAAACAAAGCGUACAGCAUGGAAAUCUAAAAGAAUCUAUUUUAGCUUUGGAAGCAACUGUUCGAUUGGAUCCACUUAAUGCUGAUGCAUGGCAUUUACUUGGAAUUCGGCAACAAGAGAAUGAACUAGAUGAGCAUGCAAUUGCCGCUUUACGCAAAGCGGUAUCCUUAAAUCCUAAACUUUCGGAUGGAUGGAUGGCUCUAGCAGUAUCCUAUACGAAUCGGAACAUUCGUCCAGAGAUAUACAACGCGUUAGAAUCCUGGCUACGAAAUCAUGACAAAUAUGCACAAAUAUAUGAACGAGAAUGUGCCAAAGGAUCAGGAUCAGGAUCAAAUCAUCACAAAUUGAUCACAGAUUCAUUUUUACAAGCUGCAAGUUCUAAUCCUCAGUAUAUCGACGCUGAAGUGCAAAUAGGAUUAGGAAUUUUAUUUCAUGUCUCGGAAGAAUAUGAUAAAACGAUUGAUUGUUUCUUAGCUGCUCUUUCAGUGAGACCUAAUGAUUACUUACUAUGGAAUAGACUGGGCGCAACUUAUACGAUUUCACGCCAGCCGGAAAAAUCCAUGAAAGCAUAUUUCAACGCACUCGAGAUUAAACCUACUUUUAUUCGAGCCCGAUAUAAUCUUGCCGUCAGUUGCUUAAACUUGGGACAAAUUCAUGAAGCCGCGGAACAUUUAUUAGCGUCCUUAGCAUUGCAAGAUUUGGAUAUUGAUCUGGAAUAUGACGAAGUUGUUGGUGUUGGCUCGGCUGGUGGACCUUUACUCAUUCCAACAGUCAUGAGCUCUGACAUUUGGCAUACAUUGAAAAUGUGUUGUGCCGCUAUGAAUCGACAAGAUUUGGUGGAAAAGUGUGAUCAAAGAGAUUUAAAGGCAUUUAGGCAGCAUUUUGAUUUUUAUUUUUAA